AUGGCUAUCUGCAUAACCUUCGGUACUCACGAGUUCACCUCGCAGCUGCAAGGAUAUGAGAACGUCACUGCCCAAUGCCAGAACUGCGGUAACUGGUCGGGUCGAUGCAUUACCAGAUGGCCCUUUUUCACCGUCUGCUUCAUUCCACUUAUUCCACUGGCCAUGCACAAGUAUAAAGAAGUAUACUGCCAUAUCUGCCGGUUCUCGCAAGACAUGUCAAUGAGACCGGACGUCCAAUCUCAAGGGCCUGGUGGCCACGGGCAAGGGCCGCCGCCGGGGGGUCCUCCGCAGCAAUAUUAUGGCCCACCGCCUGGGCAGCAAGGGCCGUAUCAACAAUAUCAACCACCACAACAGCCUGGUUAUAAAUAA